AUGGAUUCUAACACUUCUUAAAAUAUGAUGUUAAACAUGAGAGAAUAAUUUAGACAAGAAAUAAGGAAAAAAGAUUAAGAAUCAUUUUUUUAAAGAAAAAGAUUGCAAUUCUAAUAAUCCUCUAAAUUACCUGAAAUACAAUUUGAAUAAAUAAUUCCUUAAAUAAAAGAAUGUUUAUAAUAAAAAAAUGUAAUUCAAUUAGGAUUGCUUCAUUAAGUUAUUUUUAAAUAAAUCAAUGAAUUUGUAUAACAUGAAGUUUAUUUUAUUAAUAAUCAAUACUUAGAACUUUGCAUAUAAUCAAUUCAAUUAGGAUCUUUUGUAUGUUAUCAAGUAUUAACAAAUUUAUGUUUAAAUCCAUAAUAUCCAAAUAAUCCUAUUAGUUAAGCCUUAAUUUAAUAAGCUUUAAAUUAUAUAAUUCAAGCAAACUUAUAGUUCGAAAAUGUAUAAUAUUAUAAUAUAAUAGCAAAUGUAAAUUUCACAAAAAACAUCAUAAAAUAAUGAUUUAAUUUAAAAUUAAACAUUAUAAGUUGAAUAAAUAAAUAAAUUUAAGGAGAAUCUAGAAAAUUAAUACAAAUACAUAUUCUUUUUUCUUGGAAAUAUUAUAUCACAAUAUAAGUUAUAAUAUUUGAAUUUACUUCCAAAUUUAUUAUAAUUUGGAUCUAUUGCUGAAGGAUAGUUCUUAACAAGUAUAAUAUUUUUAUUGAAUUCUAUAAUUGAGCAUUAAUAAAUGGAUUCUAAUUAAAAAUUUAUAGGUCUUAAGAUUGUUCUUUAGGCUUUAAAUAAAGAAUAAUGUGAAGAGUAUCUAAUGCCAUUAGGUAGACUUUAUGAUUCUUAAUUUGAUGAUUUAUUAUUACAAUCUAAUGUUUUUGAAACAAUAAUUAAUCAUUAAUGCACAAUGAUGGAUAAAUGCUUAGCUAUAAUAAAGUAAUUCACAUUAUCAGACACUUUAUUAAUAGCACAUGUAUAAAUAUAUUUAAUAUUAGAAAUUAUUAGAUUUAAAAAUAUUAGAUAUAUUAUUAAAGAAUUUGAGUAACAAAUCUUAGAGUAUUAGAAAAGAAACUUAUUUAAUUUUGGCUAAUUUAAGUUAUAAUGAUAGUAAUGCUUCAAUUAAGAUUAUUAAUCAUCCUAUAUUAUUUAAGAUAAUUGAAAACAUAAUAGCUUCAAGUAAUGAAAAGAGUUAUUGUAUGAGUGUAAUUUUGAAUUUGUAAGCAACUGGAGAUGAAAUAGUUUCAAAAAAGUUAUUAGAUAUAGGAUUUCUUCAAAUAAUUUGUAGUUUUCUAGACUUAAAUGAUCUUGGAUUAAUAAAAUAAUUAUUAGAUUCAAUAUUAAGAUUAUUAGUUACAGAAAAUAUCAAAGAAAAAUUGAGAUAAUAAAAUUUUAAAUUAAAAUUAGACAAGAUAUUAUAAGAUUUCGAUGACAAAAUGAUUCAAGAAUUAUAUGCAAAGAUUACCUAACUAUUAUGA